GGAGGAGCGGCUACUUAGGACCUCAUCUCAUAAUUGGUGUAUCGUGAAUGAUGGAACCAAUGAACCCACCAUUGUCAUGGGAAUUUCAGGACAAGAUUCCAGUAGUUAAGAGGUUUUCUGGAGGGGGCACUGUAAUUGUCGAUCACCAGACAGUUUUCAUCACUUUCAUAUGCAACACAGGUGCUCUCCCUAGUGUACAACCAUAUCCUAGGCCCAUCAUGUCAUGGAGCAGCCAACUGUAUAGCAAAGUGAUUCAAGGAGUUGGGGAUUUCUCUCUUCGUGAAAAUGACUACGUUUUUGGCAACCACAAGUUUGGGGGAAAUGCUCAAUCUAUCAAAAAAGGGUGUUGGGUUCACCAUACGUCCUUUCUGUGGGAUUAUGAGAUGAUGAACAUGGCUUAUCUCAAACUUCCAAAACGAGCUCCUGACUAUCGACAGGUUCUCUGGCAGAAAUGCAAGGUAAGGCUACGUACAAUAGACCCUUGUGGUCAGGCCCUUCCCUGGACCCUGCGCAUAGCGGGAGCCUUAGUGCACCGGGCUACCCUUUAUGGUAUCAGGUUCUUGUUACCAUUUCUCAAUCUAGUCUAUUGCCCGUGGCUUAUUUUUUCUCAACUCAAGUUGAUUUAAAUCUUUGCAUGCUUAAGUCUAUAGUAGUUCCUAUUAUAUGCAAACUCAUUUGCUACUUGACAAUUUCUUCACUACUUUUUGUUUGCCCAAGUCACUUUUCAGAUGCACAUUAAAAAUUUGCUUGCUUGUCUCUGAAAGAAAGUGUUUCUAUUGGUUAUUCAGGCAAGAGACCAUUCGGACUUUAUUUGCCGUAUGAAGGAUUAUAUAUCUUGACAAGAAUUCAUCAAUAGAACCAUUUCUGCACUUGGCAGCCAGUUUUGUGUAACUCCUCUAGAGCUUGAAUCAUCUGACUGUCCUGAUGACACGAAAUUUGUACCCUCCAGUAGACUACUGGGAAAACAAGAACUGGAGGAAUGUUUUGAGUCUGAAUCUGGGAAUGUCAUACUUCAGUCACUGUAACUGCUACAGGACCUUUGCUUGAUGUUGCUACUGUAUGUCAGUGCACCUAAAUUGAUUAUUCGGUGGAGGAAUACUUUCCAUAAGAGUAUUUUGGUUAGAGUGGGCUCCUAAUCUGGUUGUUGUUGCCUACCUCCAUCUAAUUCAUAUUGCUACUUUCUCAGAAGAAAAUACUGGGAAGAAGGUGCUACCUUUUACCAUUGUGCAUUAUAGUGGGCAUAAUUGAGUCAUUGUUUUUAAGCACAUCGAUUGAGUGUUUAAACUAUUUAUUCACUGGACAAAUGACCAUCUCUCUCCCCUU